AUGGACCAAUCGGUGGCCGCUCUACAGGACGCUUUAGAUGAUGCAGACUGGGACAUGUUUCAGCGCAGCUCUGAUGACGUCAACAUGUUUACGGUAGCGGUUGUGGGAUUCAUCGAGAAACUAACAGGUGAUGCAGUUCACAAGACUAUCAUCAGAACGUUUCCCAAUCAGAAGCCGUGGUUGGAUAAAUCCAUCCGUGAUGCUCUGAGAUCCCGCUCCACUGUGUACAACACAGGCCUCGCCAGCAGAAACAUAGAGGAGUAUAAAGCUGCAUCCUACAGCGUGCGCAGAGUGGCUGCAGCUCACAUCGUUCAUGGCAUUAUCAGUGCUAACAGUGCUAUUGGCAGCACGCACGUGGAGCAUGCCAGAGAGGACAACGUGUUCAUCAUCUCGGAGUAUGACUCUACAAUCCUGACAUGCUUGAAACAGUCCACCAUUGUUCCUGUCACCAAGAAACCCCAGCCCGCCUGCCUGAACGACUACCGCCCAGUAGCCCUGACCUCGGUAGUGAUGAAGUUCUUCGAAAGACUAAUCAGAGACUUCAUCACUUCUUCCCUACCUGACACCCUGGACUCGCUACAGUUCGCAUACGAUCCUCCAAAGAGAGUCUCAGUGUCCAUCAGUCCCUCUGGUGAGAUAGCGGAGGGCAGUUCAGUGACUCUGACCUGCAGCAGUGAUGCUAACCCACCUGUACAGAGCUACACCUGGAAUAAGGGAAUAUCCUCCAUAAGUACAGGAAAAUCCUACACCAUGAACAGGAUCAGAGCUACGGAUAGAGGAGAUUACACAUGCAGGGCUGAGAAUAAACACGGAGAUCAGUCCUCUACUGCUGUGUCUCUGAAUGUCCAGUAUCCUCCAAAGAGAGUCUCAGUGUCCAUCAGUCCCUCUGGUGAGAUAGUGGAGGGCAGUUCAGUGACUCUGACCUGCAGCAGUGAUGCUAACCCACCUGUCCAGAGCUACACCUGGUAUAAGGGAAGAUUCGCUGUGAGUACGGAAAACACCUACAGAAUAAACAGGAUCAGAUCUGAGGACAGUGGAGAUUACACAUGCAGGGCUGAGAAUAAACAUGGAGUUCAGUCAUCUACUGCUGUGUCUCUGAAUGUCCUGUAUCCUCCAAAAAGUGUCUUAGUGUCCAUCAGCUCCUCUGCUGAGAUUGUGGAGGGCAGUUCAGUGACUCUGACCUGCAGCAGUGAUGCUAACCCACCUGUACAGAGCUACACCUGGUAUAAGGGAAGAUACUCUAUAAGAACAGGAAACACCUACAGAAUGAACAGGAUCAGAUCUGAGGACAAUGGAGAUUACACAUGCAGGGCUGAGAAUGAACAUGGAGAUCAGUCAUCUACUGCUGUGUCUCUGAAUGUCCUGUAUCCUCCAAAGAGUGUCUCAGUGUCCAUCAGUCCCUCUGGUGAGAUAGUGGAGGGCAGUUCAGUGACUCUGACCUGCAGCAGUGAUGCUAACCCACCUGUACAGAGCUACACCUGGUAUAAGGGAAGAUCCUCUAUAAGAACAGGAAACACCUACAGAAUAAACAGGAUCAGAUCUGAGGACAGUGGAGAUUACACAUGCAGGGCUGAGAAUGAACUUGGAGAUCAGUCAUCUGCUGCUGUGUCUCUGAAUGUCCAGUAUCCUCCAAAGAGAGUCUCAGUGUCCAUCAGUCCCUCUGGUGUGAUAGUGGAGGGCAGUUCAGUGACUCUGACCUGCAGCAGUGAUGCUAACCCACCUGUACAGAGCUACACCUGGUAUAAGGGAAAAUCCUCCAUAAGAACAGGAAACACCUACAGAAUGAACAGGAUCAGAUCUGAGGACAGUGGAGAUUACACAUGCAGGGCUGAGAAUAAACACGGAGAUCAGUCAUCUACUGCUGUGUCUCUGAAUGUCCUGUAUCCUCCAAAGAGUGUCUCAGUGUCCAUCAGUCCCUCUGGUGUGAUAGUGGAGGGCAGUUCAGUGACUCUGACCUGCAGCAGUGAUGCUAACCCACCUGUACAGAGCUACACCUGGUAUAAGGGAAGAUCCUCUAUAAGAACAGGAAACACCUACAGAAUAAACAGGAUCAGAUCUGAGGACAGUGGAGAUUACACAUGCAGGGCUGAGAAUAAACACGGAGAUCAGACAUCUACUGCUGUGUCUCUGAAUGUCCAGUAUCCUCCUAAGAAUGUCUCAGUGUCCAUCAGUCCCUCUGGUGAGAUAGUGGAGGGCAGUUCAGUGACUCUGACCUGCAGCAGUGAUGCUAACCCACCUGUACAGAGCUAUAUGUGGUAUAAGGGAAGAUACUUUAUAAGUACAGGAAACACCUACAGAAUGAACAGGAUCAGAUCUGAGGACAGUGGAGAUUACACAUGCAGGGCUGAGAAUAAACACGGAGAUCAGUCAUCUACUGCUGUGUCUCUGAAUGUCCUGUAUCCUCCUAAGAAUGUCUCAGUGUCCAUCAGUCCCUCUGGUGUGAUAGUGGAGGGCAGUUCAGUGACUCUGACCUGCAGCAGUGAUGCUAACCCACCUGUACAGAGCUACACCUGGUAUAAGGGAAGAUCCUCUAUAAGAACAGGAAACACCUACAGAAUGAACAGGAUCAGAUCUGAGGACAGUGGAGAUUACACAUGCAGGGCUGAGAAUAAACACGGAGAUCAGUCAUCUACUGCUGUGUCUCUGAAUGUCCUGUAUCCUCCAAAGAGUGUCUCAGUGUCCAUCAGUCCCUCUGGUGUGAUAGUGGAGGGCAGUUCAGUGACUAUGACCUGCAGCAGUGAUGCUAACCCACCUGUACAGAGCUACACCUGGUAUAAGGGAAGAUCCUCUAUAAGAACAGGAAACACCUACAGAAUAAACAGGAUCAGAUCUGAGGACAGUGGAGAUUACACAUGCAGGGCUGAGAAUAAACACGGAGAUCAGUCAUCUACUGCUGUGUCUCUGAAUGUCCAGUAUCCUCCAAAGAAUGUCUCAGUGUCCAUCAGUCCCUCUGGUGAGAUAGUGGAGGGCAGUUCAGUGACUCUGACCUGCAGCAGUGAUGCUAACCCACCUGUACAGAGCUAUAUGUGGUAUAAGGGAAGAUACUUUAUAAGUACAGGAAACACCUACAGAAUAAACAGGAUCAGAUCUGAGGACAGUGGAGAUUACACAUGCAGGGCUGAGAAUGAACAUGGAGAUCAGUCAUCUACUGCUGUGUCUCUGAAUGUCCUUAUCAUUAUUAUCUUGUCUGUUUUAGAUCCUCCAAAGAGUGUCUCAGUGUCCAUCAGUCCCUCUGGUGAGAUAGUGGAGGGCAGUUCAGUGACUCUGACCUGCAGCAGUGAUGCUAACCCACCUGUACAGAACUACACCUGGUAUAAGGGAAAAUCCUCUAUAAGAACAGGAAACACCUACAGAAUAAACAGGAUCAGAUCUGAGGACAGUGGAGAUUACACAUGCAGGGCUGAGAAUGAACUUGGAGAUCAGUCAUCUGCUGCUGUGUCUCUGAAUGUCCUGUAUCCUCCAAAGAGAGUCUCAGUGUCCAUCAGUCCCUCUGGUGUGAUAGUGGAGGGCAGUUCAGUGACUCUGACCUGCAGCAGUGAUGCUAACCCACCUGUACAGAACUACACCUGGUAUAAGGGAAGAUCCUCUAUAAGAACAGGAAACACCUACAGAAUGAACAGGAUCAGAUCUGAGGACAGUGGAGAUUACACAUGCAGGGCUGAGAAUAAACACGGAGAUCAGUCAUCUACUGCUGUGUCUCUGAAUGUCCUGUAUCCUCCAAAGAGUGUCUCAGUGUCCAUCAGUCCCUCUGGUGUGAUAGUGGAGGGCAGUUCAGUGACUAUGACCUGCAGCAGUGAUGCUAACCCACCUGUACAGAGCUACACCUGGUAUAAGGGAAGAUCCUCUAUAAGAACAGGAAACACCUACAGAAUAAACAGGAUCAGAUCUGAGGACAGUGGAGAUUACACAUGCAGGGCUGAGAAUAAACACGGAGAUCAGUCAUCUACUGCUGUGUCUCUGAAUGUCCUGUAUCCUCCUAAGAAUGUCUCAGUGUCCAUCAGUCCCUCUGGUGAGAUAGUGGAGGGCAGUUCAGUGACUCUGACCUGCAGCAGUGAUGCUAACCCACCUGUACAGAGCUACACCUGGUAUAAGGUGAAUGAAAGCUCACCUGUAGGAUCUGGACAGAGUUACAGCUUCACCUUGACCUCCAGCAGCAGUGGAGGGUUUUACUGUGUGGCUCAGAAUAAAUACGGGAGUCAGAGAUCUCCUGCAGGGCCUCUCACUUUAAAUUCUGUUACAGGGAGGAGUGUAGUACUGUAUGUAGUUCUUGGAGUCAUUGUGGGAUGUGGAUGUUUACUUGUCAUUGUUGCUGUUUUAUGUAUAAGGAGAAAGAGAACAGGAGGUUCAGGUGAUAAUGCAGAGUCUCGUCAGAACCUUUCCUGCAGUCCUACUGAUGACAGGUACACGGCUCUUGAUCUUCGGACCAGGUCCAGUGACGUGUACGACACGCUUACAAACGUUUCCUGCAGUCCUACUGAUGACACGUACACAGCUCUUGAUCUUCGGACCAGGUCCAACGACGUGUACAACACACUUGCAGUUCACCCGAACCUUCCUGAUUCUCAGUCCAUCUCUCAUGAUUACGAAAAUGAUCCAGCAACACUGAAGAUGUCACUCAGAUUGACUCCUCCCCUUCCUCUGCUGUUUCUGUUCAUGGUUUCAAGAGUUGUCUCCCAGUCAGGGUGGAGUGUAACUUAUACACCGAGCUCCAUCUGUGCUGUAAAGGGAUCUACAGUGACCAUGGGCUGCCCAUACACAUAUCCAUCUGGUUACACAGUUCAGAGAGCUUUCUGGAGCAGAGAGAUAGUUACAGAUAAAGAGCCUCCUGAUCUGUCUUCAGACCCAAACUACAGAGACAGGGUUCAGUACCUCAGAGACAACCUGAAUAACUGCAGUCUCAGACUGAGUAAUGUGAGAGAACAGGACCGAGGAAAAUACUACUUCACAUUUCUAACAAACCCUGAAGAAAAGUAUCAGGGUCAAGAUGGAGUUGAACUUUUUGUCACCAAGUUUCAGGUGGAGAUGAUUCCUGAUACAGUUGUUGAAGGAGAUGAAGUUACUCUCACAUGUAAAACCACCUGCAGUCUGACUGAGACUCCAACAUUCACCUGGUACAAAGAUGGACAUUAUUUCUCCUCCUCGAACCCGCUCCGUCUGCCAUCAGUCAGUCAGAGGGAUGCAGGCAGAUACAGCUGUUCUGUACAGGGACAAAGUUAUCUCUCCCCUGCUGUCACUCUUAAUGUACAAUAUCCUCCAAAGAGAGUCUCAGUGUCCAUCAGUCCCUCUGGUGUGAUAGUGGAGGGCAGUUCAGUGACUCUGACCUGCAGCAGUGAUGCUAACCCACCUGUACAGAGCUACACCUGGUAUAAGGGAAGAUCCUCUAUAAGAACAGGAAACACCUACAGAAUAAACAGGAUCAGAUCUGAGGACAGUGGAGAUUACACAUGCAGGGCUGAGAAUAAACACGGAGAUCAGACAUCUGCUGCUGUGUCUCUGAAUGUCCUGUAUCCUCCAAAGAGUGUCUCAGUGUCCAUCAACUCCUCUGGUGAGAUAGUGGAGGGCAGUUCAGUGACUCUGACCUGCAGCAGUGAUGCUAACCCACCUGUACAGAACUACACCUGGUAUAAGGUGAAUGAAAGCUCACCUGUAGGAUCUGGACAGAGUUACAGCUUCACCUUGACCUCCAGCAGCAGUGGAGGGUUUUACUGUGUGGCUCAGAAUAGAUACGGGAGUCAGAGAUCUCCUGCAGUGCCUCUCACUUUAAAUUCUGUUACAGGGAGCAGGAGUGUAGUACUGUAUAUAUUUCCUGGAGUCAUUAUUGGAUGUGGAUGUUUAUGUAUAAGGAGAAAGAGAACAGGAAGGUCAGGUGAUAAUGCAGAGUCUCGUCAGAACGUUUCCUGCAGUCCUACUGAUGACACGUACACAGCUCUUGAUCUUCAGACCAGGUCCAGUGACGUGUACGACACGCUUACAACGGUUCACCCGAACCUUCCUGAUUCUCAGUCCAUCUCUCAUGAUUACGAAAAUGAUCCAGUGAGCGCUUCCAUUUGUUCAUCACUGAAUAUAGUACCAGGCCGAAGGAAGCUUUAAAGCCUAAAAUAUUUUAUUUAGAGCUGUUAAAGCCACAUUGAUUUAAUGUUAGUAGGAUAUUACUACAUGAUCUACGACAACAUCAGCUUUAGGAGGAAAAAACACGUUUGAAACUUCUAUAAUAUUGUGUGUGUUUGUUCAGUAUUUCCACAUUUUUCAUGGUUUCCUUUUUCUGGACUGCAAAAAAAUAACAGAUCGUCAACAUUGACACUAUGUUGAGAGAGAGAGAGAGAGAGAGAGAGAGAGAGAACGGAUGCUAGAAUAAUUCCGUUUUUUAGCUGUGGAUCAAUACUGAAUUUAAAACUACUUAUGAACAUUAUAUUAUACGUGACUGCUUGUGGUUUUCGUUCAUAUUUUUUUACACGUGUACUAAAGGUUUCUGUUGUGAUUUGUUUGAUUGAUUAUUUGUGUUUUUUCUAAGAAAAGUGUAUUAUACUGUGUAUACUGUACCUUUUAAAAUGACUUACGUUUGUUUGGACCUGAGUCAUGACGUCAUCACACACCUUGAUUGGUGGAGCACAUGUGAUGUGCCUCAUUCAUGUUAAAUACAAUAAAGUCGAGGAAGCCAUCACUGCAGUGCAUUCUCUUAUCUUUUAAUUGAUCUAGAAACAAAUGCACAAAACACACUUUCGCUUGGAUAUAAACACGGUUCAAUGAGAUAUUAAAGCGUCCCAUGUGUUACAAGCAGUUCAUUUUACUAAAUUAAUGGCGUGCCAUGAGGUCAGCAUGCUUAAGCACAAGAGUAGCAAUUGGUGCUUCACGGUUAGCGCGAUAGCCCAACAUUUAUGCAAAAUGGUUACUAUGCUGAUAUUUUAAAGUUUCUGAUGCUUUUCCCAUGUUAUGAGUUAACUUGCACUUAACAAUUUGUUUAUUUUAUUCCCCUUUCCUCCUGUUAUAUCUGAAUACUGUGAGUUAAGCAAUAUAUCUGUAUUAAUCGUUUAAGUUUGUCUGUGUUGUGUUGAAUGCACUGGAGGCCAUGGAUGGGAGAUGUGUGGAAGAUGUUCAUUAAGUGUUUCUUCUAGUGUGAUGGGAAAUGUUUAAAGUUGUCAUGUCAUGUUUAUAGUCAGUUAUUACUGCAGAUAUUGAUAUAAUGUAUUGAGCGGUUGUUAUAUGCACAAGUCUUUAUUUUUUUUUCAUUAAUGUUAAAUACAGAAGCCAUCGCUGCAGCCCCUUUUCUUAUCUCCUUAUCAGUCCUCUCUUCAGGAGUAUUGCAUUGUCCUGGUUUUAAUAAUUACAUUUUAUAUUUUAUCUGUUAAACUAAUACACCGCAAA